AUGGAGAAGGGAAAAGGUAGAGAAAAGCGUGAUCGCAAAAACGAUGAACAGGCACCACUAAAUCAGUAUGGCGAUAGCGAAGGAGUUAUUGCCAAUGGCAGCUGGCACGAGGCCGACAAUGCUUCACACGAUACACAAGACCUUGAUUGGGAUGCGCCGCCUGCCUACGAAUUUCAUGGGUCUGGUCCAAACGUUGAGACGAGUGCUGUUGUUCAAGAUGAUGGGAGAGUUUCCAUCAAUUUCGCCGCCACUAAGAAGCUACCCUUUUCAAUUCCAGCAGAGCCAAAGGCUUAUACCCCACCCAAUAUCGCCAAUUCCAGAUCUCCUCCUCUAAAUAUCGUGAUUCAAAUCGUCGGUAGCAGAGGCGACAUUCAACCAUUUAUAGCUUUGGGAAGCGCAUUACGAGCAUCAGGGCAUCGUGUGAGAAUUGCAACCCACGAUGUGUUCCGAGAUUUUGUAAAAGCAACCAAUUUAGAGUUUUUCCCUAUCGGUGGAGACCCAGCAUCACUCAUGGCCUACAUGGUCAAAAAUCCAGGUAUAAUCCCCAAAUUCGAAACGAUCAUGAGUGGCGAGAUCUCGCAGAAACGCAAGAUGGUAUAUACCAUGCUUGAGGGUUGCUGGAGAUCCUGCAUCGAGCCAGAUCCGGAAACAAAUAUACCGUUCGUUGCGGAAGCAAUAAUCGCCAACCCACCAAGUUUUGCCCAUGUGCAUUGCGCAGAAGCUUUGGGCAUUCCCUUACACUUAAUGUUCACAAUGCCUUGGAGCCCUACAAGGGCAUUUCCUCAUCCUCUGGCCAAUAUUGAACGGUCAGAUGCAGAUUUACGGACCACGAAUUACCUGUCAUAUGCGCUUGUGGAGAUCGUGACUUGGCAAGGACUUUCAGAUAUCAUAAAUCUGUGGCGCAAAAAAUCACUGAGUCUUGACCCAAUAAAAGCAACAAUGGGUCCUCUACUUUGUGACACCCUUCAAAUCCCCUUUACCUACUGCUGGUCACCUGCAUUUGUUCCAAAGCCAGCUGACUGGUCAAAUUAUCUUGACGUGUGCGGUUUCUUCUUUAGAGAAGAACCAAAUUAUACACCUAAUGCGGAAUUAAACAAUUUCUUGAGAAGUGGUCCACCGCCUGUAUAUAUUGGUUUCGGUAGCAUUGUUAUUGACAACCCAGAGAGGUUGACAAAUAUUCUGAUAGAAGCUGUCCGAGCUUGCGGGACAAGAGCGAUUAUUUCCCGUGGUUGGAGUAAGCUUGGUUCUAGCGUGAGCGAAUCUGCGAACCCAGAUAUCUUAUUUCUAGGCGAUUGCCCUCACGAAUGGCUGUUCAAGCACGUAUCUUGUGUUGUACAUCACGGUGGUGCUGGUACUACAGCAUGCGGUCUUCUCAACGGACGCCCGACAGCUAUUGUCCCAUUCUUUGGCGACCAAGCAUUUUGGGGGCAGAUGAUUGCCGCAGCAGGAGCGGGACCUCUUCCUCUUCAUCAUAAAUCACUCACCCAAGAAAAUCUCACACAAGCAAUUCAGUACUGUUUAACCCCCGCAGCGAUGAGCGCAGCUACCGAAAUAUCAGAGAGGAUGAGUCAAGAGAAUGGUGUGCAGACAGCCGUACAAUCCUUUCACACGAAUCUCCCAGUAGAUGCCCUCGGCUGUGAUAUUCUCUCCGAUCAAGCUGCUGUAUGGCAAUACAGUAGCAACAGCAAGAGGGGACCAAAAAAGCCCAUCAAGCUAUGCGAUGAAGCUGCUUUCAUACUUGUAGAGCACAAGCAAAUCGACCCCAAGCAUUUGAAACUCUACCAACCCAAGCCAAUCUCGAUCGAAAACAUCCGUUGGGAUCCUGUAUCAGCUGGAACCCAUGUUCUUCUCAGCACUCUGACCAACUUCACCGUUGGCUUCAGCGAUGUUUUGACCGGACCUGCAAAGGCAUUUCAAAGCAAAGAGAAUGGUGGCGGUGGCAAAGAAGCAGCUAAGACUUUCGGAAAAGGGAUUGGGAAGAUGGCGGUUGUUCUUCCCAAAGCUACACUGGUAGAUUUUCCAUUAGCUUUGACGGAGGGUUUGCACCAUAUGCCUAGGUUGUAUGGCGACGAGGUGAGGGAUCAUGGCAAGGUCAAGGAUUGGAAAAGUGGUGGCGUUGUAGCUGGGAAGAAUUUUGGCUACGGAUUCAUGGAUGGCCUAUCCGGCACAAUCAUCAAACCCUACAAAGGCGCGAAAGAAGGUGGCUGGGCUGGUUUUGGAAAGGGUGUAGCAAAGGGGGCAAUGGGAUUAGUUACUGGACCUGGAUCGGGGAUGUUUGGUCUCUUUGCGUAUCCAUUUCUAGGAAUGUAUAAAUCCAUUGCUACAUCUUCGCUGUCGCCGACUGAGAAGAAGAUUUUACUGGCGAGACAAGUGUAUGGGAGCUAUAUGGCAAUGGAGAGGGGGAGAAGGAAUGAGGGAAACAGUAACGAAAGAGAGGGGAGGGUGCUGGCAGGGUGGAAGAGCUUGAAAAUUAGUGAGUGA